CUCAGGCAGCAUCCUCCCCUCUCCACUUCUACCUUCAUACUCACCUCUCUGCUUCUCUCGCCUCCUUUCUCUCCGUCACCUACUAACACAUUUCAUCUCUGGCAUCUCCCAGUCUGUUGUCUCCCCUAUACCAUCACACACACACUCAACCUCGUUGCCUUGCGCAAACCCAGGCGUGCACACACUCAUGCUGAUUGGCACCCAAGGACAGAGCACCCUCUCUCCCACCCCGGCGACCAGGCGGUUUGCUUGUGUGGCCAGCCGGCUUCUUGACACUGAGCUCAGCUGAGGAAGAGGACAAAGAAGAGGCCAUGGAGCACAGCCACAUCUUCCCUGUUUUUUCCCCAAAUGACAGCAGUUGGAGCCCAGAGCAGCAUCCCUCUGAGUUCGCCCAGGGGUGCCCUCUCGGACCACUGCCUGUCAUCUACUACAGCGUCCUGCUCUGCCUCGGCCUGCCGGCUAACAUCCUAACAGUGGUCAUCCUGUCCCAGCUGGUGCUGCGUCGUCAGAAGUCCUCCUACAACUAUCUCCUGGCUCUGGCAGCCGCCGACAUCCUGGUCCUGCUCCUCAUCGUGUUCGUCGACUUCAUUUUGGAGGAUUUUAUUUUGGGCACGGCGCUGCCUCCAUCACUAAACAAUGCAGUGCAGGUUCUGGAGUUCUCCUCCAUCCACACCUCCAUCUGGAUCACCGUGCCUCUCACCAUUGACCGUUACAUCGCUGUUUGCCACCCUCUGCGCUACCAUACAGUCUCCUACCCAGCCCGCACACGGAGGGUGAUCUUCGCUGUGUAUAUUGGGUGCUUGCUCUCCGCAGCGCCUUACUACUGGUGGCCUGAGCUGUGGCACAGCCUGUCCGGGGUGGGCGACGGUGAUGGAGGAGGAGGAGAGGAGGGAAACGGGAGGACCGUGGUCCAGCAUGUCCUGGUGUGGGCCCACUGCGCCACAGUCUACCUGCUCCCCUGCACAGUCUUCUUCUCCCUUAACGCUGUCAUCGUGCGUAAGCUGCGCAGACGCCGCAGCUGCUUUCGUCUGCGUGGCUACUCUACAGGCAAAACCACUGCCAUUCUCCUGGCUAUAACCUCAAUUUUUGCUGUUUUGUGGGCGCCACGUACCCUCAUGAUCCUGUACCACUUUUAUUCCUCUCCUCCAGCCUCGCAGAGUGCGGGCAGAUUGCUCCAUGUGCUCACCGAUCUGGCCAACAUGCUAGCACUGCUCAACACCGGGGUCAACUUCUUCCUCUACUGCUUCAUCAGCAAGCGCUUCAGGGGAAUGGCAGCCAACGUGCUGCGAGCCCUGGUCCGCUGCCGGAAGCAGCAGAAGCCUUUCUACGCCAGCCACAACUUUUCCAUCACAAGCAGCCCCUGGAUCUCACCAGCCAACUCCCACUGCAUCAAGAUGUUGGUGUACCAGUACGACAAAAACGGGAAGCCCAUCUGUAUAUCCUCUUGAGUCCUCAGCCAUGGUAGCUACCCCAACCUUCAGUUGUUGGGAAGCAUAUUCAGGCAUUGUCUCCUUGGUGACAAGCUCUGCUCCCUUGGGACUCUUCGAGGCUUGAAAAUGUCAACACACCCCGAGAGCACAUAGGUUCAGUUAGCUAGCUUUGAGCGAUAACAAAGCGGUUGGCUAGCAAGAUGGAAACUGCAGAUCCGUACUUAACAGAAAAUGGCCUCUUAUGUUCAAAAAAGUAUUCAAAAGGCAGCAACCAGCAUCAAAUAACUAAUGAUUAUUUUCUCCAUGCAAAAAAAUACAGCUAUUGUAUGACUGACUCUAGACUUACGGACUGAUCAAGGGAUAUCAACCCCCACCUCUCACUGACUUUAAUGAGCCACAGCGCAAAAAAAAUAAACUGGCAACUGUUAUCUAGUAUCCUCUGUGAAGCUUCAAAUACUAAGACAUUGAUUUAUUUAUGGACGGUCUCUGUCGCACACUGCUGCCAACGAUGAGGAGCUGCGUCUUUGUCCGUUGGGAGACAUUCCCAAAAAGCAGAGAUUUCCAGUCAGAGUCUUGGCACUGAACAUCUCACCUCGAGGGGGUGACACCACUCAGGCAGAGUCAUCAACGGUUCUGGCUGUGUCUCAAGCAAUGUUCAAAAAGCGCUGUCAUUUCCAGUUUAAUAUGCAGAGGAGUCUCAAUGGCAUGUUCAUUUGGGCUACCAUCAAAUGAACAGCCCUACCUGACUUUUAUCUUGUGUGUGCCAAGUUCAUCCUAGCAGUGCAGGUCUCUCUGCUUACUGUUGGGUAAAUAUGUAUUAUUUGGUCAUGGUAGACUGUUAUUGUGGCUUCACAUAAAAAUAAGACAAAAAAUAUGACUUGUGCAAAGUGUCAUUAAACUAGUAAUCACAUAUCCAAUAUUAGGAAGAGGAAAUUUCUGCUAUGAGUAGAUAGUCCUCUAUUAACUAUUAAUGGUCCGUGAUGACUUACUGUUAACCACUAUCUGGAUGAAUAUAAUGAAUGUAACAGCUGUAUAACCCUUUAGCUUUUUUUGAAAGACUGAGUGAUAAAGAGAGAGAGAGAGAUGACGUACACAUCUGUAAUCCUUUAUUUUUGUUUUGCUUUUCCUCAUCCAAGGUUUUCUGCCCCAUGGUGCAGCAGUGAAUUUGGUCUCAGGGCCACAGUGACACAUUUCAGCUCUGCUCAUUCUGCUGCUGGCUGAUGGCAAUUCAGUAACAUUUCACAUCCAAACACAGUCACGUACAUCAACUCUGUCUCAGUGCUGCCAGAGUCCUGCCCAGUAAUAAACCAUAAAUGUUAACACACACUAACACUCACACACACAUGAAGAACACACUUAUACUCACAUUGUGCUCUGUAUUGCCCACAGAAAGAGCACAUUGAGAUCAAUGCAUUCUGCAGACACCUUGCAGCAUUAGCAGCAUUCAUCUAUCUAGCGAGAAAGGUACUGAGCCAAGGGGAAGAUUUCUGUUGAUAUCUGCCUGAAGAUAUGAGACACAUCAGGCUUUGUUUGAAUGGAUAUGGCUUUAAAUCGGAUGAAUGUUAUGUGCGUCUGUCAGAGCUGAUAAAGCCAUGCCCUUCAAACUCUUGUUCGACACUCACGUUGGAGACACUUUAGGCGGUCACUGCAGGUUGCGAUUAACACAAAGAGCUUGAACGUUUUGGCUGCUUCUCAAGAAGGUUAUAAUAACAUUACUAACAAGCUUUAUUGCUGAGAGGUUGCAUAAUCCUGACUUGACGAGACAUGUCCUUUAGAGCAAGGGCUGUUCACCUUGUUUUAACAAAUUGCCAGUUUAAUGAUAUGAGUUAAAUAGGUAGGUAACUAUUGAAUCUUUACCAUGACUGUGUAUUUGAGUGUAUUUACAUUUCCAACUCAGCGUCUUGCUGGGUGAUGUCAAAAUAACAUAAGUAUACAUUUACUUUUUUAAUGUUUCUCUUGGUGCUUAAAGUGUGCGUUUAAAACCCAAGUUCAACAAACGCGCUUUUCUUUUUGAAAACAUGAAAAUCUUUCUUUACAUCUCUACCUCCCAUUUCAUUUGAACAUGGUAGCAGUAUAUGGUCAUAUCUGAUAUACCAAUCAAAUUGCUCCUGCUACCCCUCCUGCAUGCACCUCACAAGUAGGUAACAUUUUGGCAAAACCUCCCACUAUGUGUAGCAAUGUCAAUUUUUGUAACAGAUCUGAGCAGAUCAAUUAUAUUAUGGGCAAAUUCAAAGACCAGUUUAAACUUUAAAAACUUUUUUUUCAAUUCAGAGGAUCGAAACACUUUUUAUCCAAGUGCUGUUGGCACAAUUUCUUAUUCUUGGAAAUGUCCAAUAUUCUUUCCAUUCAACGAUUUUGUAGCGAACCUGUUGCCCAACUUCCUAAUUCCCUCCUUUUCAGUUCAGCUUUGCACUUCUUGACUGGCUCCUCCAGUCUCAAUUCUUAUUUAUUUGUUCUUUACAAAUUGAUUUUCUUCCAAAUUACUGUGUGAAUGAGGGAGCUUUAACUGCCACUCUCUCUCUCUCACCUCCUUCACUCUGCAAACCCGCUGCUCAUUCCUCUUUUCUCCCACUUUAUGUCAAAUGCUCUUGCUCAAAGUUAAUUUCACAAGUGUCCUUUUUACUCGUUAUCUGAUAACCUUGAAGUCAUCUGUGCUACAUCGCUCCAUGAAUCCUCAUCAGAAAAUGGAUCCAUGCGGGUAGGGACCUUGAGAUGAAACUAUGUUAAAUGUUAUUUCAUGGAGAUGAACGGCCAAAUGGUCGAUAACUGAUAAUCAGUCAGCGAGCUCUUUGACUCCAGGUCCAUCAAAAGUCAUCCUUAGCAGUGUGUUGCAUUUCAUUUAGUGUAAAGGCUUUAAAAUGCAUUCUUUGAUCCUUAAUCAAUACUGCUUAAUGAUCCGACAAUGAUCAUUAAGAAGUUAGAUAACAAGAAAUUAUUUAGGCUUCAGACUGAGGAACUAAUGCCAGAUCAAUGUUGCCAUGACAUUCAUUCUCGUGCAACCCUAUCCAUUUUAAAGCAAUGUUAAUGUGACAUUUGUGGGAAAACCAGCGCCUCCCGGGGGCCUCCUGGGAGUUUCACAGGCAUGCUGGGAAACCAAAGCAGAUGAUUUGGGGGUGUUGAAAGAGGGUCACAUGCGGGUGUCUCUUCGUCUACCACGUGAGGCGUUCGGGGAGCAUGGUGGGAGGUGUGUGUGUGAGGGGGGACCAUGCCAAGUAAUCACCCCUAUUACAUAAGAGAAAAGAAGUAAUGCCCAAGAUCUGUGUUUUCUUCAUCCAGAUAUUAAAAAGAUAAACAAACAUAAAUUAAUCAGAGGAUGGAAUUGUAUUUCCUCUCUGUCUCUCUCUUUACCUAGUGAAGCUCUACAGUGUGUGUGUGUGUGUGUGUGUGUGUGUGUGUGUGUGUGUGUGUGUGUGUGUGUGUGUGUGUGUGUGUGUGUGUGUGUGUGUACAUAAUGUCCGUCUUAAACAGAAAGAAGCUUUAAAAAGUGUUUGUGCCAUAGGACCAUUAUGUAUGUAAGAUGUGUAUUUAUACUCAAUCAUGAUGAAUAUAAUUACAUGCAGCACAGCAUUAUAAGGAUAUAUCCAUGAAUGUAAACUGAAGCUUCAGGCAAUUUUAUUGGUAUUUUACUGAUUGUGAUUUUCUACUCAAUUACCUGUUUUGAGUAUUUACCUUUGUUCCUCCAUGGCAGUUUUUCUGAACUGUGUUUUUUGAUUGUACUGGAGUAAUCAUAGGCUUGCAUAAUUCAGUUGUUCCUCCUAAUGAAUGUAUUAAUUGUAUAAAGAGUAUGUAUUACUGUGUUGUGUGAAGAUAUGCAGAAAAGUAUUGACUAUUAUCAAUCUUAUUGAUUAAAGAAAUAAAGAACAGUAUCUCUAUGGAUUGAGAUGUAGUG